AUGGUGUUCUCCAGAACUUCUGCUGCUAUUGCAGCGAUGUCUGCUUGUGUGGGCUUUUACAUGGGCAAUCGGUUUCACCCAAAGGAAGACUUUAACACAUUCAUAUCUCUACAUGCUAAAAGCGCCGUUCAGCAAAAAGACGCAAUUGAGUCAGGAUUUCAGUUACCAGACACCAACAGUAAACAAACGCCAGCAUCUGCAUCGACGUCUUCCUCGACACCGCCUGUAUCAAACGUUGGGCAGAUUGUGAAAUAUGGGUUCCCAAGUACGGAUAACUUGCGAUCUUACGAUGAUUUCAUAUUGUCGUAUGACAGAAGAACGAGGACGGCAAACUGGGUCCUUGAGCAUCUAACGCAGGAUAAAGUCACUCGGGUUAAAGGAAUUGAAAGGUCAAAAAUGAAGUUUAUCGAGGAUACCUCCAUUCAUGAAUUUCAUCGUUCCACAAAUAAGGAUUACCAAGGCAGUGGUUACGACAGGGGCCAUCUGGCAGCAGCCGCAAAUCAUAGGCAUUCAGAAAAGGCUAUGAAUCAGACCUUCCUUUUAUCCAACACAGCUCCGCAGGUUGGUGAAGGAUUCAACCGUAAUGCAUGGAACAACCUGGAGAAGUAUGUUCGAGCUGUAGCCCGCAACAACAAGAAUGUCUAUGUCUGUACUGGACCACUUUACUUGCCGAGGAAAGAGCCAGAUGGGAAGACUUAUGUGAAAUAUGAAGUCAUUGGACAAAACCAUGUGGCUGUGCCAACUCAUUUUUUUAAGGUUCUGCUUAUUGAAAAUGAGAAAGGCCAGUUUGACUUACAAUCUUAUGUGAUGCCGAAUCAGCCAUUGCCAGAUAUCAAACUGCAGCACUUCCUGGUACCGCUGGAGACAAUUGAAAGAGCAGCGGGCCUGCUUUUUUAUCAGAAUAUUCCGAAGACAUCAUACAGAAAAAUUAAUGCUGCAGCGAGCUAA